CGUUGACGAAGCGCAUCUUCGGUGCUAUUCUAUGCGAACGUUUACGUAACUCCUGCGUACAAUGUCAUCUGAUUUGCGCUGGAUUUCGACAAAGUUUGAAAAAGUAACGUAAACGACCUGAUUGGUUGAAAUCGUUCCUCGAUCGGAGACAACAACUUGACUGGAAAGGCCUGCGAUUUUUAUUCAUUAGACGUCAGGAACUAGCCAGCUCUAGACGUAACAUGGCGCCUAAAUAAUGGAAAUAUGCCUUUUGUCAAGGCAAGCACGUUACUCCAAAGUGUGUCCAGUUUCUUACAGCCCUUAAGGCACUUCUCCUCUUUUGGUGUUUUCCGUCGAGCAAUGGCAGCAGCGACAAACGAGGUGACCCGGUUCGACUUCCUGGCGGUGGGCGGCGGUUCGGGAGGUCUGGCUGGGGCUCGAAGGGCAGCGGAGCUGGGCGCAAAAGCCGCCGUGAUCGAGAGUCACAAACUUGGAGGUACCUGCGUCAAUGUUGGCUGCGUCCCAAAGAAGGUCAUGUGGAAUGCGGCAGUCCAUGCAGAGUUUCUUCAUGACCACGCUGAUUACGGCUUUGACGUAAAAAAAGUUAAUUUCAGUUGGGAAAUACUAAAAAGAAAAAGGGAUGCUUAUAUCAGUCAGCUGAAUCAAAUUUAUCGCAACAAUCUUGACAAGGCUAAAAUCCAAACCAUUGAAGGUCAUGCCAGGUUCACCAGCGAUCCUGAGCCAACCUUAGAGGUCAACGGCAAGAAGUAUACUGCCCCCCAUAUCCUCAUCGCCACUGGGGGGCAGCCUUCAGUGCUCUCUGAUGCUGAGGUUCCAGGAGCAAGUCUGGGCAUCACGAGCGAUGGCUUUUUUGAACUUGAAAGCCUUCCAAAGCGUAGCGUCGUCGUGGGUGCUGGUUAUAUUGCUGUGGAGAUGGCGGGUAUCUUAAUCAACCUGGGCUGUAAAACCUCUCUCAUUAUACGACAGGGUGAGGUUUUGAGGACCUUUGACAGCUUCAUAAGCACAAACUGCACCAAAGAGCUCCAGAAUUCUGGUGUGGACUUGCGGAAGAAUUCCCAAGUGACUUCAGUGCGCAAAACUGACACAGGGCUGGAAGUGACAUUCGUGACCAAAGACCCUGAAAAGAGAAAUGGCGAGGAAACGAGCGGGACUAUUUCGGAGGUAGACUGUCUUCUGUGGGCCAUUGGCAGGAAGCCCAACAUCUCUGGACUAAAUAUCGGCGAGAUGGGUAUAGACACAGAUAAACAAGGCCACAUCAUUGUCGAUGAGUACCAAAACACCACUCGACCAGGAAUCUACGCUGUUGGAGACGUUUGCGGCAGAGCUCUUCUAACACCUGUUGCCAUCGCUGCCGGCAGGAAGCUGGCACACAGACUGUUUGAGGGCAAGAAGGACUCCAAGUUGGACUACUCCAACAUCCCCACGGUGGUGUUCAGCCAUCCGCCCAUUGGCACAGUGGGCCUCACAGAAGAGGAGGCUAUAAUAAGCAGGGGCCAGGAAAAUGUGAAGAUCUACAAGACCUCCUUCACACCACUCUAUCAUGCCAUGACUAGCCGCAAGAGUCUGUGCAUCAUGAAGAUGGUGUGCGUGGGUAAAGAGGAGAAGGUGGUGGGUUUGCACAUGCAGGGUCUGGGCUGCGAUGAGAUGCUGCAGGGCUUUGCCGUGGCCGUCAAGCUUGGUGCUACCAAAGCAGACUUUGAUAAGACAGUCGCCAUUCACCCCACCUCCGCUGAGGAGCUUGUCACCAUGCGUUAGCGGGAAACGACAAGUACA